AUAAUAGCGGAACCACUUCAGGUCCUGGUAGUGGUGGAUCGUCUUCAAACACGAAUGGAGACUUAGGGCCAAGUCCAACUGCACCGGGAAAUAGCCUAACAGUAUCUCCAAAUGGAAACUCAGGGGCAAGCCCUAGCUCAGCAACUAACGGAGCUGGUAGUGGCAGCUUCGGUCAGGGUGGUGGACCCAAUUCAGCCUCAAACGAUGGAACAAGUGGAGGUUCAGCUUUUAGCUCUAGUUUGAAUACUUCACCGAAUAAUGGAGGCGAUAUGAACCCCACGGGAUCAGGGCACGGCUCGCCUUCUAACGGAAGUAUGCCAAGCCAAAACGGUGGUCUUGGUUCAGCUCCUAGCAGCGGAAGUGGAGGUGUCAGUUUAGUAACACCUGGAGAAAAUCCCAGCUCUCCGGCUUCACCUUCUGCUGGUAGUAAUUCCGGCGUGUCUGCUACCAGCCCGAACGGCCAGGGCCAAGGAGCGGCAACCCCAAGUCCUGAUAGUAGUCAAUCAAGUGACAAUAGCCACUCCGGACAAACACCUGGCCAAAGCCAUGAAUCAGCCAACUCGAUUCCUACAAAUGAGUCACUUAGAAGUGGUAGUAACCAAGGUCAAACCUCGCCUAGCCUGGCUAAGGGAACUAUUCGCCAACCAAGUAAUGGUGGAACCCCAGCACAGACGUCUGUGGGUGAAGGACAAGGGAGUUCAUCUCCUAGCCCUACAGCCAACUCACCAGGAAGCAAUUCCAACCCAGGACAGGCUUCUCCCAGCCCUAACAGUAACCCAUCAAACAAUGGUGGAAUACCUGGAGUUUGUACGCAAGGUUCGAAUGACCCAGCUUGCCGUUCAUUCGGAGGCGGGGAUAACGGAGGCUCUGCAACACCCCACAUACCACAAGCAAGCUCCUCACCGAACAGUAACGGUGGGGUAGAUUCCAAUCCACAGACUAGUAAUAAUCCAAGUUCUUCGAUACUAAAUAAUGGGGGCGGAGCUACUCUAGGGGGCCAAAGCCAGUCGACCAUAUCAAGCCCGAAUAGCGGUUCAAACGGUAAUUCGUGUACUUCGGGACCUACCGAUCCAAACUGUAACUCGUCAAGCAAUGGAAACUCCAACCUCGGUGGUAUCCAAAGCCAAGGUCCAGCUACGUCACCUAACAGCGGAUUGGGAAGUCCAAGUACAGCCACAAAUACGCUGACUACUCCAAAUACAUCAAGCAACGGAGGCAUUGGUAAUGGCACCCCUUCAACAUUGGGCUUCAGCCCUACUUCAAGCCCCUGGGCGAAUGGGGGCGGUGGGUCUAACACGCAAGGACAAGGCCAAGGACAAGGCACGCGAUCUGCCGGAAAUGGAGGUAAUGAAAAUAGCAACCCGGCCAGUUCAGGGUCUAACCCAACCUUCAAUCCGUCGAUGAAUGGAGGUCCCACACCUAACGGGCAAGGUUUAGGGACGCAAUCAAGCCCUAAUACUGGGGGGAGCUCUGUAUUGACCGCACCGGGCUCGAAGGCAAAUUCGGCGCCGACUGGAACUAACAGCGGUGAAGCCCAGCCGACAACAUCGGAUCCCAACGUCGGCGGUGUGGGGUCGAGGCCGGAGGCAACUGAGACGCAAACGUCUAGUUUUACAUUACCUCCUGGUGCGGUUCCCUACGGCGGGAUUCGCUCUCCUUCAAUGACAACACUGGCUUCUAUGAUUGCAUGGACAGAGCCCGACGGCGAGAAAGGGCCAACUACUAUGAUACAAGAUGAUAUGAGAAACCACGGGGAGCCUCCUGGUACCACUACCAUCACCAUUAGUACUACCGUUACCGUCACUAGCACCUCAAACUCAGUCACCUCAACCUCAGUAUCAACGUUAUCAACGUCAGUGGAUCCGCGGUGGCAGCGAAUCCGCCCAGUGUGGAUUUGGUAAAAGGAAGAUGGGAACGUGAUCAUAAGGAAACCGUGAUGGAAAAUAAUGAGGGAGAUGGGAUAUUAGGAAUACGGAAAACUUGAAAACGUCACGACUGGGGAAGGUUAUCAUACUAUUUAUCAGAGGGUGAGACGGUCACCUUGUCCUUUUUGGAACCUUUUUGGAACUUUUUUGGAGUUGGAACUUCGUCUUUUGGGAGCCGGCACAGUGCUUCAUUAAAUCACGACUAUGCUAGACUUAAGCUGUAGGGGAUGUCGGGCGAAACUACUGUCAGGAGCUAAUGAAUAGAAAACGACUUAUCCCUUGCUGUUGCUAGGUAUAUACCUGUUAUUAUAAAAG